UCUCCUUCCGAAUCGCGCCCGUGUACGCUUUAAUCACCGUCGACGAUGCGAGCGCGAUUCAUUUUCCAACUACCAUCUCGAACGGUUCCCGCUCGAUUCGAUAAAUCAUCCGCGUGUGUAAAUAUUUCCUUUCGGUAGGAUGUUUAAAUAGCCUGUGGUGAGGUGCCGGUUCAUCCAGUUCAUGCUGUGCACCAACUCACGGAUAUGGAAAAAUGAUCGACCUCCAUGGGAAUCGACAAGUUGGAUUUCUGUCUUGAUUGAAGAAAUCAUUUUAAUUCGUUUCAUUCAGUGUGAACACUUUCUGUGUUUCGGAGAAGAUACCACACCUGUUGGAACAAGAUAAGACGAAGCAGCUGAUUGUUUAUUACAGUAGAAUAUACACACAACGCACCAAGUAUUUUGUCUCUAUUGUACACUUUCUACUAUAUGCAAUUCACCACCACGAUAUCUCAUUAAGAUGAAAAUUUAGCUAAGUACAUAAAGUUAUUAUACAGGAUGCUCGAUUAAACGUUAACCCCAUAAAUAUAAAAUACGUACUCUAUAUAUAGAAAUGUCGUUUUAUACCAGCAACGAACAUUUUUUGACGAAAUUUUUUAUCGACGCAACGUGACGGGGACCAAUGCUGCACAGACUGCAAUUUCGAGUAAUGUCCGUCUAGAUUAAAAUUAAAUAACGGAAAGUAUCGCGAUAAACAGGUGGUGGAAGUUCGUAGUAAAAUUCCACGGUUAGGGAGAAUUUGCCGCGCUGUUGGAUCGAAUGAGAAAGAAAAACGCGGGAGUACAUCGUUCUUCGCAAGCAUCAACGUUGAAGAAUGUAAUUCGCAUCGAGUCGCGAGGAAUAGAGAGUCAAGGAAGCGUGCAUCUUCCGCUCGAAGCUCUACGCAGUACGAGCUUACCGGAUAAAAAGCUGGCCAGAGGGAAAAAGCAAAAUGCCAGGGGGUACUUCGACGCGAGAAAGCAGCGAGGCGAUCCGGAUGGAGCCUUUAGGUAGAACCUCGAGUUCUCGGAGCCCUGGACAAAACGGGACUGCCAACACCACCGAGGUGCCGAUAAACUCAGACAGCAACACUGGAUUGCACAAACGUAGUGUUUACGAGCACAAUGGAAUUGUGUGUUCUCAAAAAAGGGCUCUCUGCGUAGCCACCGUCAUUUUUGCGAUCCUUUUCGCCAUAUCACUCAUCAUUGCCUUCGCGGGACCACAGAAUGACUGCCCUUGUGCUGGAGAGAAGCCAGCGAACCUGGAAAUCGAGGACGAUGAAAAAAGCAGCGAACCUCUAGCAACUAACGGAGAGAUAUUUCCUUGGAACAACGUAAGACUACCCACAUUUGCGCAUCCUACUAGGUACAACAUUACCAUCCAUCCAAAUCUUACCACUUUAGAUGUAAAAGGACAGGUCACAAUCGAAUUCUACGUCGAUAAAGAGACCAACUAUAUCGUCUUCCAUAGCAAAAAUUUGACAAUAAAUGAAAAAGUUAUUGUUUUACAGAUGGUUCAAGAUCGUAAAGGUCACAGGUUAAAAAUCGCAAAAUUGCUGGAGUAUCCGAAACAUCAGCAGCUAUAUCUAGAAUUGGAGGAGAGCAAAUUUCGAAAAAGAGGGAACUAUACGGUACACUUGAGAUUCAUUUCGAAACUCACAAGUGAACUCGAGGGAUUCUAUCUUAGCAGCUAUGUUACGCCAGAAGGAGAAAAGAGGUAUCUUGCUACGACUCACUUUGAACCGACGUAUGCACGCUCAGCGUUUCCAUGUUUCGACGAGCCACAAUUCAAAGCAAAAUUCAAAGUUUCGAUAUUCAGGGACAGGUUUCAUAUCGCAUUGUGCAAUAUGCCUGUAAUGAAUACGGAAGAUGCGGGAUUUUAUAUGGGAACAGGACUGCUCCGCGAUGAUUUCCAAGAAUCUGUAGAAAUGUCAACAUAUUUAGUGGCAUUCGUGGUAUGUGACUUUAAACGAGUUUCCGAGUUAACCAAAAGAAAUAUAUCAGUGAGCGUUUAUGCGGCAGAAGCGAUGCUGCCACAAGCAAAGUAUGCCGUAACUACAGCCGCUCGUACAAUGGACUAUUUCGAAUCUUUUUUUGGAGUACACUAUCCAUUGCCCAAACAAGAUUUGAUAGCUAUACCUGAUUUUGCUGCCGGAGCAAUGGAGAACUGGGGCCUAAUAACAUACCGGGAAACGUCUAUACUUUACGACCCGCAAGAAACAUCGACUAAGGCUCAUGAAUGGGUAGCUGUGGUUGUGGCCCACGAAUUAGCCCACCAAUGGUUCGGCAAUCUUGUCACCAUGAAAUGGUGGAACGAUUUAUGGUUAAAUGAAGGGGCAGCCAGUUUUUUCGAAUAUAAAGGAGUGAAUCACAUUUCGCCUGAAUGGAGUAUGAUGGAUCAGUUUAUUUUAGACAAAACACAACCGGCACUCGAUCUCGAUGCCUUAGCUAGCAGUCAUCCUGUAAGCGUGCCAGUUAAAGACCCCAACGAGAUACAAGCUAUAUUCGAUGAUAUCAGUUACAAUAAGGGUGCUUCCAUUCUCAACAUGCUCGAGGGCUUUCUGUGUGAGGAUGUUCUUAAAAGCGGAUUAAAUGAUUACUUGAAUUCCCACUCGUACGGAAAUGCAGACACGAACGACCUUUGGGCAGUCUUCACGAAACAUGCUAAUAACACAUUUGACGUGAAAGCUAUUAUGGACACAUGGACCCAACAGAUGGGUUUCCCAUUGAUCACAAUUACUCGUGAUAAGAACACUAUCACGGCAACCCAGAAGAGAUUUCUGAUUUCUCCAAAAGAAAAUGAUACUGAAUUAUCACAACCAAAAUCACCGUAUGACUACAAGUGGUACGUCCCGUUGAGCUACUUCACAGACAAAGAACCGCGCAAGCUUCACAACGUAUGGAUGAAUUUAACUGAUGUAACCUUUGAAAUACCCAGCGACGUCGAAUACAUAAAAUGUAACGUGAAUCAGAGUGGAUUUUAUCGUGUGACUUAUCCGGAGGAAAUGUGGAUGUCGAUCAUUUCUACUUUAUUAAACGACCAUACCAAAUUUAGCCCAGCUGAUCGUGCUAAUCUUAUUGACGAUGCGUUUACUCUUUGCGAAGCUGGUGAAUUAAACGCCACGAUACCACUCAAAUUAUCUUUGUAUCUUUUAGUCGAAAGAGACUAUGUACCAUGGGCAACAGCGCUUGGAUACUUACACUCUUGGAAGGGAAGAUUAAAUGAAAGCCCUGGAUAUAAAAAAUACAUUACAUUUUUGAAAAAACUGUUAACACCCGUGACGAAAUAUGUUGGUUGGGCAGACGAAGGACCUCACUUAAAAAAAUUAUUAAGAAUUGCAGUACUUCAAUCAGCUGUGUCCAUAAAAUUGGAUGACGUAGUAAAACCAGCAAAAACUCUUUUCGAAGAUUGGAUGUUAAGAGGCAAGCGAAUUGCACCAAAUAUACGAGAUGUCGUAUACGUUGCAGGGAUAAAAUUUGGCGGUGAAAAGGAAUGGAAUCAUUGUUGGCAAAAUUAUCAAAAAACUCAAGUACCCAGUGAAAAAGGAAUAAUGUUGCAAGCCCUAGGAACGACGACAGAUCAUUGGUUACUACAACGUUACCUUUUACGUUCAUUGGAUCGAGACAUGGUGAGGUCACAAGACGUUGAGACUGUUAUAGCCUCUGUCGCUUCCAAUUCUGAGGGUCAAUUCCUUGCGUGGCGUCAUCUUAAAGCAUACUGGCCACAGAUACAUGCUUUAUUUGGAAAUGGAUCGCUCACAGUGGGAGGACUGAUAUCUGUCGUAGUGUCUAAUUUCUUUACGGAAUAUGAUUAUUACGAGGUAUCAGAAUUCUUUAAGAAGGUGGAUGUCGGAAGUGGCCGACAAGCAUUAGAACAGAGCCUAGAAACAAUCAAGUUUAAUAUACAUUGGGUGAAAGAGAAUGCAGAUGUCGUCGAUCGAUGGCUUGCAGAUUAUUUAAACGAUAACACGAGUUAACCUUUUGCUCGUCAGGAAUGGGACA